CAUGGUGAGCAAAUGUCAAUUUGACAUUUAACGUAAGGUUGAAGUUGUGUUAUUUUUGAGUGUUUAUAUUUAUUAAGAGUUUUAUAAAAUAAAAAGCCUAGCCCUGUAAUUCAUCAUGAAGGUUAAAAAACAACAUCGUAAGAAGAAAUAUCUACACAAACUUAAUCGCAAAAGAUUGAAUAGAAAACAACGUAAUACGGGCACCGUGCCCAGUGAAAUAAUAAAAGAGGCAUGGGAUCAUAAGAAAUCAACUUAUAAAAACCUUACAGAUAUGGGUCUAGCAAAUGACCCAAAUAAAAUUAUAAAGAUACCAAAUUUUAAACAAGAAAAAAUAAAACAAGCCAAGGUUAUUGUUAACAAAGGUGAAAUAGAAAACAUAGAUGAGGAAACAAUCACUACAGUACCAAUAAAAAAAGAAGUUGCUGAAAAAUUAGAGAAAGUAGCUAAAGCACCAAGAGAAAGACGAUUUAUGCUACCAAAGGGUCAAGUGGAAUUUCUAACUUACCUAUUGGAUAAAUAUGGACAUGAUUAUAAAGCAAUGGAAAAGGAUAGGAAAAACUAUUACCAGGAAACAUGGAAACAGCUGCGAGCUAAGAUUAAAACAUUCAUGGGUAUACCCAAACAGUAUGGUGAAUAUCUUCAAGCUAGAGGAUUACUUGAUAAAGAACCUGAUGAAGAGGAAUUGAAGAAACAAGCAAAAGCUUUAGUUGAGGAUUAGUUAAGUUAUAAGUUACCAAGUAUUUCUACUAAAUGUCUCAUAAUUUUAAUAGACUGUGGGAGGUUAAUGAUAAA